AUGUCCGUAACUACCACUUCCACCACGACCGGUUCGCUGUCCGCUCUCGCCGACUAUGAAGUCCAUCAUAGCGGGUCUGAGCCAGAUGCCUCUGCUGCGCCUGUAAAUAUAGGCCAACCGACUGACUGGCCGACGCAUCAUCGCCGUAUGCCCGCGUAUCGUCCCGCAAAUCCACAACUCGACCGAACGGAUCGCCCUGCGGGCAAUGGGCAUCCGGCAGAGUAUGCUUUCAUUCAGAUCAUGUUGCACGGCGUAUGGCUGAAUGCGUCCGUCGCUCGACUGUGGCGAUUUACCGGUGGGAGGAUCAACGAUAAGAUAUUCCAUUACGAAGUCGGCGGGGAGUGGUAG